AUGAGUGGUCAAGUGGAGGUAUCGAAUCGAGAAAUUAAGAGAAUCUUAGAGAAGACUGUGAGCGUGAGUAGGAAAGAUUGGUCGCUGAAGCUUCAUGAUGUUUUGUGGGCUUACAGAACAGCCUACAAAACUCCUAUUGCACAGAGCUUAUUGGGCGAUAAAGAAGCUGAAUUUGGACUUGUACAAGCUGGCAAAAAGAGGUUGUUGCAAUUGUACGCGUUAGAUGAAUUUUUCUAUCAUGCAUAUGAGAACGCAAAAAUGUACAAGAAGCGGACAAAGAGAAUUCACGACAAGCACAUCCAACCUCGAAUAAUGUCUCAAAGGCCUAAACGAACAAAUACAGGAAAAGCUCCGGCUGCUUCGAGUAGCCGAACUCGAAAAAAGAGGCACGCCCUGCAAUAA